GGGUUUCCUGGAGUUCUUAAGCUAGCUGUGUAGAGGGCACAGAGAGCUGUUGGGAUAUGGCCUAGAUGAGGAAUGUCCUGGUAGAAGUCACCAUCUUAGGCUAGGUUAUGGAGUUGUAGGUUGAGGACGAGGGGUUUGUCCUGAUGAGAGGCAGUCAAAGCUUCCACGGCAAAGGUCUGACGAAGGACUAAGACCUCUCAGGUGCCCUCUCAAGGCCCUGCUCACCUCAAGGUAAUGCUGACAGUACUCGUGUGAUCAGACACCAUGCAGACUCUCUGAACCAAAGUGUUUUCCACCCUCCUCUGGGGACACAGCACUUAAUACUUACUGGUCACCUCGAGGCUAAGGAGUCAGCAGAGACAAGCCAUGCUAGAGGACCUGAGUCAGGGAGGAGGGUCCAACCAUGAGAAGAGGAAGAUGGAGACCACAGCCCAGAUCCAUGGGGAUGACAGCAAGCUUGAUGAGGUUGUGGGGCUGCAGAAGCAGAUCUGUGAUCUUGGGACAGAGCUCACAAGGCAAUCAUCUUGGUGGUGUGUAGCUCACAAAGACCUCCAAAGCCAGAUCGAUGCUCUGAUAAAGGAGAACCAGGAGAUUCGUGCAGAACUGAAGACCUUGAAGAAGCAGGAUUCGGAGGCCACCAAAACCUCUACAGGCUCGCUAGCCCCGGCAAGGACAUCCAAAACUCUGCCAGUGUAUAUACAGAUAGAAGCAAUAGAUUCCGAGAGAACAACAUCAUGGGAUGAAAGAGAUGAUAUACCUUCCGGAAGUCCUCAGAACGGAAGUACAAUGGCUACCGGUGGAACAGACUCCCUGGACGAAAGACUGUCUUUUACAUCUUUAGAUGAAAAGGUUAUACACAUGUCUUCCAAAUUUCUGCGAAGAGGCUUCAGCAGAAUGUCACCAGAACCACUUUCUGACAGCACAUUCCUGGACACAGAGUCAGUGGCUGAUAUCUGGUCCUCCAAUCCAGAGACUUCGGAAGGUGAGCUUCUCCUACAGGCUCGAGCAAGCAGGGCCCUCCCUUGUUUUUCCCCGAAUGCACUGUGGCUGCAGAAUCUUCCAGCAAAGUCAAGAGCUUCUAAAGAAGUACCACAAACCUCAGACACUACGAAGGAUGAUGAGACACAGGAAAAGCGACACUCAAAUGGCAAGGUUGAGCGGUUGCUCAGUGAUGGGCGAACUAUCAUCACCUUCCCCAAUGGAACCAGGAAAGAGAUCAGUGCUGACAAGAAGACCACCCUCAUCAAGUUUUUUAAUGGUGACAUGAAGAAGGUCAAGUCCGAUCAGAGAGUGAUUUAUUAUUAUGCGGACGCUCAAACAACACACACAACCUACCCGGAUGGCGUCGAAGUUGUGCAGUUUCCUAACAAGUGGACCGAAAAAUUCUACCCAGAUGGCUCCAAGGAAACCGUGUUUCCUGAUGGGACAGUGAAACAGCUCAGGGAUGGAUGUGAGGAGACUGUGUUCCCUGAUGGGACAUUUGUGACAGUGAAAAGGAAUGGAGACAAAACCAUCAUGUUCAGCAACGGACAGAAAGAAAUCCACACAGCCAGGUUCAAGCGGAGGGAAUUCCCAGAUGGCACGACCAAGACUGUGUACUGCAAUGGCUGCCAGGAGACCAAGUAUGCCUCAGGGAGGGUCAGGGUCAAAGAUGAGACGGGAACUGUCAUCCUGGACUGGAAGUAGUGCAUCCAACAGACUCAAUGCCAGGCAGUAGGCUUCAAUUUCCAAAUAUACUUUUGACCAAAACAGACAAAGCAGCUGACAUCAAUAGAGCCCCGUGACAGUCCUGGAGACCCCUAUACAUGAGGAGUAAAGAGGCAUCCAAAACAUGUAAAGAAAGAGACCAUGUAGCCACCAUCUUGGGAGAGGGGUCAGAGAAGCAGUAGCCAGAAAUGAGGCCCUGGACAUGGCUUCCAUGGCCUUGUCCAGACCGUGCCUUCUGUCAGAGUCUGGCUCUGGAGCAGAGGGUACAAGGGAAGCAGCGUAAUCACUGCUGGCUAAUUCCUGGGAGCAGCCAUUAACAACAGCCAGCUCUAUGUUUUGCUUGGCCAAUGCCUGCCUGCAUCUACUUCUACCCCCUUUUAGAGUCCUCAUAAGUGGGAUCGAGGGGGAUGUAUCUUCACUGGUGCCUGAUGUGUGAAUAGACAUGAUUUAACCAUCCUGAAGUGUCUACACAGAACCUCGUGUAGCAUUCUAUCCCAUAAAUUCACAUAAUUAUGAUCUGUCAAUCAACAAGGACAUGAGUAAAACCACAGAUAAAAACAAACACAGAAACACAGUGGACCACAUCUCCUACCUGUUCCUGUGAGUCUGCCUGCUUCCGCCUCAUUUUGUGGGAGCGGUCUGCUGUAGGAGAGAUCUCUCCCUAGCUACUAGGUAGCAGCCAAUCUCAAUAGAGUUCCCAAUUCUCCUUGGCCAUGCCUUUCAGUCCCUGCACUGAUGAGUUCUGAGAAUGUGGAGGUUUUUUGGGUUUUGGUUUUUUUUUGUUUGUUUGUUUGUUUGUUUGUUUGUUUUUCAUCUCUGUGUCCUCCAAACUGAUACAAGGUGAGCAUAUUCAGAAAGAACUCACUGUGUGUUAGCUGGUGAUGCCCAGUGGUGCCCAGUGGAGAGGAAUGGCUGGUCAUGCCCUCGCCCUGGUUCAUCUUCUGAAGUCAAUGAUAAGAACUUCCAAAGGGCAAGCACGCUUGCCUUUUUGGUGGCAGAGGAUCUGCAAGGUAGGGAAAAGAUCCUCUGUCUCUGGUCUCAACUUGGGCUGUGCAGUCAUUCAGCUGUUGUGCCAGGCACUGGAACAGACAAUGCCCCUGUUUCUCUAUGUCCUGUCCACUAGAGUCUUACAUGCCUUUGGCAGGGUCUUUGCAGCUAGGGUCUGUCUCAUUGAAGUGAGCUGUUAAAUUCUCAUCGCUUGUGUGAGCCAUGGCUGCAUCACGGAUGUCUCUGACUGUCGGCCUCUGCAUGGGAUUCACAGCUUGUAAGCAGUUGACAAUGCCCUCAAAUUAUUUUGAAAAUUGAUAGGAGGUGCCAGAAGCAGGGUUCACAAAGACCUGAGAUUCCAGAGCCCUGUCUAUACCGUCGUCUGCCAUCACAAAGCUAGUUCUGCAGCUGCAUGUGCCAGCCACCAGAGUCCCCAGUGUGAGCCAGGACCUUUCAUCCCCAGCGUGGGCCAAGUCUAAGCAACGUGACUUGCUUAGGCUGCAGAGGACAAAACAGAACUUUAUAGAGUUCUGGACGAGUGGGCUGGAGUUCCAGGUUAUUUGACUCACCACUCCACUAUCCUCCCACUAUCCUCCACUAUCCGUCCCCAGACCGCUUGUCAGCUUGACACACAAACACAACAGUGUUACCUUUCCUUUCUUGUUCCUCCCCAAGAUCACACAUUCACAUUGAUAUCACAAUACAAAACAGUUUAUAAAUUUUAAAAGUUCCAAAUUCAAACACUUUAAAAUUUAGUUUCUUUUUUUUAAUUAGCCUCUUUUAAAACCCCAAAUCUUUUAAAAUUUAGUUUCUCAACUGUGAGAUCUCAUAAAAUCAAAAAUAAGUUAAAUCCUUCCAUACCUCCAGAGGGAAGAACCAGGGCACAGUCACAAUCUGAACAAAGCAAAGUCAACAGCAUAAAUAACUCAGCAUCCAAUGAUUGGGACUCACUCACAAUCUUCUGAAAUCCUUCAAGGGGCUUGGGUCACUCCCAGCUCCACCCUCUGCAGCACACACAGCUUGUCUUCCAAGCUCCAACUGGCUCCAUGCCAAGGCUGAUGCUAUUCUUGGUGGUCAACCCAUGAUACUAGCAUCUCCAAAAUGCUAGGGUCUUCCGCUGCAACUAGGCUGCACCUUCACCAAGGCUUUGUUCAUGGUGUCAGUGCUCAGCUGUUCUCCAUGAUCCCUUCAUGCCCUCAAAACCAGUACCACCCGGGUGAGUCAACACUACCAAGUUCAGUUGCCAGUGCAAGGUACAACCUUGGCUGCCUCUGGAACACAGCUUCUGUGUGCUGGUUCUCAGGAAACACUUCCCAGAAGAUUUCCCCUCAAUUUCCAGCUGGUCUCUUCUUCAUCACGGCUAAUUUCUCAGCUCCAGCUAACCAGCAUCAAGUCUCCCAACAAAUCAAAGGUUUCACUUUAGUAGUUCUGGUAUCUUGUUAGCCACAGCUGAUGCUCCAGCCCCAGCUAACCAGAACCACAGAAUCAUGAUUCAAAAAUAAUGAUUCUUUCAACUUCCCUCCGAAAACUUCACAAGCCAGGCCCCCAUUGUCUUGCCCUCCAUUCAUAUCUUCCCAGCUCCUAUAGAACAGUGCACUGAGCUUUCAAGGCUCAAUGGCUUUUCUAGCCCAAAGUCCCAAAGUCCUUCCCAAAACAGAUCUUCCCAAAACAAGGUCAGUCUAUCACAGCAAUACCCCACUAUCCCGGUGCCUAUUUGUCUUAAGGUUUCCAUUGCUAUGAUUAAACACCAUGACCAAAAAAGCCAUUUGGGGAAGAAAGGGUUUAUUUGGUUUCUACUUCCAUGUUGCUGCUCAUCAUCAAAGGAAGUCAGGACAGGACCUCAAGCAGGGCAGGAACCUGGAGGCAGGAACUGAUGCAGAGGCCAUAGGAGGUGCUGGUUACUGGCUUGCUCACCACAGCUUGCUCGACCUGCUUUCUUACAGAACCCAGAACCACCAUCCCAGGGAUAGUAGCACCCACUAUGGGGUGGGCUCUCCCACAAUGAUCACUAAUUAAGAACAUUCUCUGCAGCCAGAUCUUAUGGAGGCAUUUUCUCAGUCGAGGGUCCCUCCUUUCAGAUCAUUCUAGCACAUGUCAAGUUGACAUAAAACUACCCAGGACACCAGCUUAGCACCAAGGUGGAACAAUAGGUAGGCCCUGGGGUUAGGGUCUUGAAUAUGGAUUCAGAGAGCCUGGAGCUAGAAGGAGAUGGCUGUGGGCACCACCCUCCAGAGUGCAGUUGUCCUCAGUGUCCACACCUGCAUGCUCACCGAGUCAACUAUGGGAAGGUGUCUUGUCUCAGCGGUGAUGAGUGGAGAGUCAGUGUGUGUGCUGUGACCUUGCCUCUCCUCCACCAGUUACUGACAGAACAAGUACAGCACAGUGGCCAACCAAGAGUUGGAGAACACUGUGCUGGAGAAAGGAUGAGAUCCUGGGAACGUCUCAAGCUGCCGCCUUGUCCCCAACCCCAUGGUGCCUGGAGCCAGAUACAGCUCUCAAAACAAUACCUGAAACCCCACCCUUGGGAACUGACAAUUUUUAUUGCCCUUCCUUGAUCUCACCAUGUGGAAUUCAGGACUCAGGAAUAUGGAAUGAUUUCUAAUGUCAAUAUGGCCAUGGUUUAUGGUGUCUCUUGAACUCAAGAUUUUCAGUUUGGCCCAACUGUACUUCCACUAGGGUCACCCUCCUCUACACAGCAACACCUGUUUGCUGUCACCAUCUGAAACCUGGGCCAGCUGGGACUUAAGGAGCUUGAGUAUUGGAUAGGUUCCCUGCAGAGCACAGCAUGAGGCCACCAAAAGCC